UUUGUCUUCUCUUUUGCAGUAUGUCCCAAUGGAGUCAAGUUCAGCAACUAGAAAUCAAGUUUUUGGAGCAGGUAGACCAGUUCUAUGACGAUAACUUCCCUAUGGAAAUCCGGCACUUACUAGCACAAUGGAUAGAAAGCCAAGAUUGGGAGGCUGCAUCCAACAAUGAAGCAAUGGCAACGAUCCUGUUGCAGAAUUUGCUGAUACAAGUGGAUGAACAGCUGGACCGGGUUUCACAGGAAAAGAAUCUCCUCUUAAUACACAACCUGAAAAGAAUCAGGAAGCUGCUGCAGGGCAAAUAUCAUGGUAAUCCCAUGCAUAUAGCAGUGAUCAUCUCGAACUGUUUAAGAGAAGAAAGAAGAAUAUUGGCUGCAGCUAGCAUGCCAGUACAGGGGCCACUGGAAAAAUCUCUGCAGAACUCUGUGGUUUCAGAACGACAAAGGAAUGUAGAACACAAAGUUUCAGCCAUCAAGAACAGUGCUCAGAUGACUGACCAAGAUGUCAAAUACUUGGAAGAUUUGCAAGAGGAAUUUGACUUCAGGUAUAAAACAAUACAAAGCUUAGAGCAGAGCGACAAAAACAGCACCCUCAUUAAACAGGAAAUGUUGGCGUUACAGGCGAUGCUCAAUACUUUAGACUACAAGAGAAAGGAAGUACUCAGUAAAAUAGGGCGUGUGAUUCAUGAAAUCGAUAUGCUUAUGAGCAACAUGCUGACUGAAGAGCUGCUGGACUGGAAGAGACGGCAGCAGAUUGCCUGCAUUGGGGGUCCUCUCCAUGGCGGGCUUGAUCAGCUCCAGAACUGUUUCACGCUGUUGGCAGAGAGUCUCUUUCAAGUCAGAAGGCAGCUAGAAAAACUGGAUGAACUGCUGACCAGACUGACUUACGAUGGGGACCCAAUCCCACUGCAAAGACCUCAGCUGCUGGAAAAGGUCAACUUUCUGCUAUACAAUCUCUUCCGGAAUUCAUUCGUGGUUGAAAGGCAGCCCUGCAUGCCAACACAUCCCCAGAGGCCAAUGGUUCUUAAAACGUUAAUACAGUUCACUGUUAAAUUAAGGUUGCUGAUUAAAUUGCCAGAGCUGAACUACCAGAUCAGAGUGAAAGCAACUAUUGACAAGAAUGUUUCAACAGUAAGUAACCGUAGAUUCAUUCUGUGUGGAACACACAUGAAAGCAAUGAACAUGGAUGAAUCCGCAAAUGGAAGCCUGUCUGUAGAAUUUCGACAUUUGCAACCCAAAGAAAUGAAAUCAAGUGCUGGCAGCAAAGGAAAUGAGGGCCCUCACAUGGUGACUGAGGAGCUGCAUUCCAUCAGCUUUGAAACACAGGUCUGCCUGUAUGGAUUGACUAUAAACUUGGAAACCAGCUCCUUGCCUGUAGUGAUGAUUUCCAAUGUCAGCCAGCUACCCAAUGCGUGGGCUUCUAUUAUUUGGUACAAUCUGUCAACCAACGAUCCUCAGAAUUUGUCUUUCUUUAAUAAUCCUCCUGCUGCCACUUUAAGUCAGCUCUUAGAAGUACUGAGCUGGCAAUUUUCCUCUUAUGUCGGUCGUGGACUCAAUUCUGAGCAGCUCAACAUGCUGGCAGAGAAACUUACAGGACAACAAGUUAGUUACAAUGAUUACCAGCUAUCCUGGGCAAAGUUCUGCAAGGAACAUUUGCCUGGAAAGUCUUUUACCUUUUGGGUUUGGCUUGAAGCUAUCCUGGACUUAAUUAAAAAGCACAUUCUUCCUCUUUGGAUUGAUGGGUACAUAAUGGGAUUUGUAAGCAAAGAAAAGGAGCGAAUUUUGCUCAAAGACAAGACACCAGGAACAUUUUUGUUAAGAUUUAGUGAAAGCAAUCUAGGUGGAAUUACCUUUACUUGGGUGGAUCAGUUAGAAAAUGGAGACGUUACAUUUCAUUCGGUGGAACCCUAUAACAAAGGUCGCUUAUCUGCACUGCCUUUUGCUGACAUACUGCGUGAUUACAAAGUUAUUAUGGCAGACAACGUUCCUGAAAAUCCUCUGAAGUAUCUGUAUCCAGACAUUCCCAAAGAUAAGGCAUUUGGCAAACACUACAGCUGUCAGCCAAAUGAAGUCUCAAAGCCCUCAGAUGGAGGCGGCAAAGGUUACGUUCCUUCUGUAUUUAUCCCAGUCUCCAAAAUCUUAAAUGAUUCUACAGAUCCACAUUCUCCAUCAGAUCUUCUUCCAAUGUCUCCAAGUGUUUAUGCUGUGCUGAGAGAACACCUGAGUCCCACUGUGAUCGAAACUGCUCUGAGUUCUCCUUACUCAACUGACUGAAGUUCACAAACCAGAAAAAUCAGUAAUCAUGUGUGGGUUAAAGAUGCAGUAAUUUUUAUAAUUUUGCCCCUCCGUCAUGUUUGUAAAUCAGCAUUUCCUAGAAACCAUUCAAAUGUUAUUCUUGGGACCCUGUUACCAAUAUCAUGUAAGCCAGGAAUCUUCUCCCUAGGGAUUACAAAUAGCCUCCUGCAAGUCAGAAUUCCUCUCCUUACUGAUAAAAGGCCAAAUCCUUUCUGGCUUGGAGGUCAUUUGACUUCAGCAAGGAAGGUCCAGCAGAAUAAUUCUGCAAGUAAAAUUUAUCGUCCAUAGAAUUGCUCCAAAUAAAAGUACAAGAACAGAAUGUUUUUCUUCUGAAAAUAGCACGUAAGGAUAACUAAAGACGUUAAUGCGUGUGAGGAAAUGAUGAUUUAUUGUUCUAAGUAGUUUCUGUUUAAUCAUCAUCUUGCACACUAUUGGUUUAGCGACUGUUUUAAAGCGAAGAUUCUCAUCCCCCUGAAUUGAGAUGUCCCAUAGGUGUCCGGGAUUUGCUUUUUCCAAAGAUGGACUAGCUUCAGCAUAGAUUUUUACGUGCCACCACAGCACAAGUUGUGGAAGAAAAAAGGUCCGCAAGACAAGGGUGUUCCAGAAAGGAAACAGACACAACAUUUGUGCUGUCAAAAGGCUGUCUCCAUUUUGCUGCUGAAGUGCAGAAGUAAAUCUAUUUGUGCAUAAAGCACUCACAUACUACAGCAAGAACUAUCAGAGUUUAACGUGGAAAAAACUGAUCUGGCAGCGUCUGGAUGCUAUCUGGUAAAUGUGGACUGGGAAGCAGUUUUAAAUAAAUAGUUACUGAAGAGCUGCAGCAUUUGCUGAUCACUGGGCAAUUUCUGCUACAUGACAAAGUAUUACAUGCCUGUCAGACUCAUUUAAUAAGCAGAAUAACUAGCUUUUGUAUAAAUGGUAAAGUGCCUUUUUAAAAUAUUCUCUUUUUUUAUUAUUUCAGGCACUGUGUAGUGCUGGGUUUGGGUUGUUUGGUUUUGUUGUUGAUUUUGUUUUUUUUCAUUUUCCUAUCAAUAUUAUCCCCAAAACCCCUGUUAAUGAUAAACAUGCAAUUCCAAGGCUGCUGUAUUUCAUGUA